GUUGCUGAACAGUUAACAUGAUAUAGGGUCUGCGUUUGCUGCAGGAUCCAGUUAACAAAAGGCACUGAAAGCGGUUCCUAUCCCCUUAGCCGCGAAGGUCUAGCGCAGUUAAACAUGGCUGCUAUGCUUAGAUAUUGCUUCAUUAGCGAAUGGCUGGACCCGUCAUCUGGUGUGCUCUGGAAGUACCAGCUGUUCUGGUACCCGGAGACCAAAGAAGUUGAAAUGGUGGACAUCAAGAACCGUCGUCAUUUCCUAAAACGCACGAAGUACGAGGAGUUGCGGCCGUCCCUGCUCUACCUUGGAAGCACUGUCACCGUCUAUGGCAGGCAACUUAAACUGAUAGAGUAUGGCGACGAGUUCACCCGCAGCAAGAUUGAGAAUCAAACGGAGCGGACGUUGGCCAUGAUUAAGCCGGAUGCGUACAAGAACAUGGGCAAGAUUAUUGACGCGAUUUGCCAAAGCGGGUUCCUCAUCAGCAAGCUGCGUGUUGCCAAGCUGUCCAAGGAGGAGGCGCAGGAGUUCUACGGCGUGCACCGCGGCAAGCCCUUCUACGACCGCCUGACGGACUUCAUGUCCAGCGGCCGCAUCUGCGCCAUGGAGCUGGUGGCGCCGGGGGCCAUCCGCAAGUGGCGCGAGCUGCUGGGGCCCACGGACAGCAACCAGGCUCGCGCCGAGGCGCCCAACUCCCUACGCGCCCAGUUCGGCACGGACAAGACGUACAACGCAUGCCACGGUUCCGACGCGCCCGAGACGGCGGCUGAGGAGUGCGCGUUCUUCUUCGGGCCGGGGCGCUACCCGGGCAAGUGCGACGUGGCUCGCGGCACGACGCUGUGCCUCGUGAAGCCGCACCUGGUGGCGGAUGGCGCGGCGGGGCUGGUGGUGGACAUGGUCCAGGACGCCUUCGUGGUCACGGCCGCGCAGCUGUUCAGCCUCGACCGCAACGCGGCAGCGGAGUUCUACGAGGUGUACAAGGGCGUGCUGCCGGCGGGCGAGUUCAACGCCAUGGUGGAGCACCUCACCAGCGGACCCACGCUGGCGCUGGAGGUGGCGGACCGGGACGGUGCAGACUGCGUGGAGGCCUUCCGGCAGCUGGCGGGCCCCAUGGACCCCGAGCUGGCGCGUGUGCUGCGCCCCGAGUCGCUGCGUGCACGCUUUGGGCUAAACAACAUCCAGAACGGCGUGCACUGCACUGACCUGCCGGAGGACGGUGUGCUGGAGGUCAAUUACUUCUUCACCAUCCUGGCCAGUGCAUGAUGUGUGACGCAUGCGUGAUGCUGGGCUGGCUGGGAUUUUUAGGGGAUUGAUGUGCUUGCGCGGCUCAGCACCCCGGCACACUUGGGGUUUAGCAUAGGAGAUUCAGGAUGGUACACGUCAUAGGCAGGGUGCAUGCGGCAGCUGGAGCGCGCGAUGAAUGUACUUGGCAAUGUGUUUGGGCCCCCAGGAGGGCGCGGAGAAUGAUGUACGGCGCGGGAUGUACUGACAUACAUGUUACAGCCAGGUUACUUUCAUUUAGUACAUAAUAUUGUAAAGAGUGAAUUGGGGAAGGCCAACAAUUGGGCUAAGGCCUGCGCCGCUAUUCCAACAAAAUCUGAAGCCCGACAUUAUAGUGAAUAGCUUAAACUACUUUGCGCUUCGGAACAGAGGAUACAAAAAUGCGGUCAUUGCUUGUAUCAAGCGCUGCUGGGCUUUCACGUUGGAUGGCCAGCGCAACGACAGCAUCAGCAGUAGGCGCAAGCCGGCACUGCACAGCGUUCAUAACUACUGAGAGCGGAUCAGCGUCAAGCAGCGGCCAAACUUGCCAGCAGCAACCCUCUAUUGUAUCGCCGGCUGCAUGGGGAGCGCAAUCGGGAGCGAACUUCGGGCUAGACUUGCUCCCUCAGAUAUGCGCCACCCCAAAGAAGAAGUUGUCCGUCCACCGGCGAGGGAACCGUCGAGUGUGGUACUGGCUGAAGCGCAAGCCCGAGUACGCCAAGUGCAGUUUCUGCGGGGCGCUGGCAGGGCGGAACCAUAUGUUCAGCGGCGCGGCAGGGAACUCGCUCUGCACUGGGCAAUGCGUCGAGCAGCCAAAUGAAAAGGUCGCCUACCCCGCGGAGUACCAGCCGCCCUGCUGAGGCCGUGUGCUUGCAUGUAACGGACUACCGGUAUUAAAUA